CAAUCGAGUGUCUCACUCGACGUCGUCGGACGUCCAUUGGCCAAACCUGAAAAUUGGGCGAGCUUCAGGAUUAAAAAAUGUUCAAGUAUCGGCGUUAAAGAGAUGUAAGAUGUAGAAAAUUGGUAUAUACAAGUGUCACGUUUCAUAGUCCUGUACCUAAUAGUACAGAUUUCUAUGGAAAGAACCAAUCAAAGCGAACAAUUUGAUGUGACCAAUGAUAGGGUCGAUUGUUGGGAUAUGCGACGCGAACAGACUUUGUCUGGACGGGAUUGGAUCUUGCGUCUUUAGGAACGCGGGAUAAUGGCAACCCUGUCUUCAAUAUUUGAAUGUGACGUCGUCCGCUUGAGAGACGCAACGUACUUUGCUUUAUCGCUGGGUGUUCUUCGUCGUUCUCAUCACCGUGUUUUUCGUAUGAUCGCCAGACGCGCGGUCGACAGACUCACCGGCGCAAGACACUCCAAUGCCUUCUCGCGACGAGCGUACGUUAGAGACCCUGCAGAAGACUCACGGUGAACUGCAGCGCUAUUACGUUCUACUGCGGUUGAUCAGGACCGAUCUCGAGAGGAUAGUGAAGAACUUUGCCGCGAUAAACGAAGAAUAGGAGUUAAUUGAGGAACAGACACAUAGACCGUAACAGUUGUAUAAAUAAGAGGAAAGUACAAAAGACCCCAUUAAAAUGGAGGCUCGUAAGUCUCUAGCGCACAAGCGGCUGGAGGCGAUACAGAACUCGCCGACCUCCUCGUCGCCGUUGCGGAGAAAGUCCAUUGUCCAAUCAACUUCGGUUAGCACUUUCUCGGAAAACGACGAUGAGGCGGAACGCAUCGCUCGUCGGCGUGAGAAAAUUAACGAGGCGUCGGCAUUGUCCCCUAACAGAAGCAGCAAAAGAUACUCCCUGGGAUUCUUAGCGAACAUUCCGGCGCCCCAGAUGACCGAGAGCAUAAAUCAGUGCAUAAAACUGAGCGCCGAGAACAAGAUCAACAUUAAGAACGCGUUCAGCUUGGAGAUGAUCGACUUCAUGACGUAUAUGAUAAAGAAGCAAGAUGCCAAUAUGUCGAAUCUGCAAGUGGCCAGCACGUCUUUGGACGUGAGCACCAAGAUCUACGGAUACCGCGUGGACAGCGUGCACAUGGAGAUACUCAAGAUGGUCGGCGGACUGGAUAAACAGGACAAUACGGAGGAGCAGGAAGAAACUACGCAGGGAGGCGGGGUCGAGGUGCAGACGAAAACGAAGAGUAAGAAGAAGAAGAAGGCGGGGCAGGUCAUCAGCACUGUGGAGGCUCUGAGAGGCAACAUCGAGAUCGCGAAGCCUGUGUCGAUGACGAUAGGCGAGGGAGAUCUGCAGACUAGCGACAUGCUGUACCAGGCGAUACUGCCGAACCACGCCAACUCCGGCUUUUAUCAGCAUUUGUACAACGACGUGAUCGUCGACGUCCUAGAGAAGACGUCCGAGUCGACAAUUAAUUCGAACGCGAGGUACGGCAUACCGAAGAUCGAAGAUUUUUCGAAUUUAGAAAUCUGUAAGUUGUACUCAAACUUCGAGUUUCUUGGCUGGUCCGUGGAGAACGAACCGGAGGAGAUGUCGGAAGAAGAAGCCGGGCCUCAUGACGAGAGCGGCGAUCGAUUCCAAUUCGAUUUGGACGCGAGCGUGGCGGCCGACGACGAGCCUGCGCCCGAGCCCAUGAACUAUUUCAACAUCGAGCAGGACAACGACAACAACGAGAACAAUGCUCAGGCGUGUUAUCGGGACACGACGGACGCGAAUAUCGUGGACGUGCCCAACGUCCGGGUGUCCGAGUACUCGUUCGUCCAGCCGAGCAUGCGCUUGCACUGGGCCGGCCCGUCCCACUGGAAGUUUUGGAAGUUCGCGAGAUUAACUGGCGUCGAAAGUGGCACCAAGGUAGCUUGCAUGCAGGCUAAGCAGCGAAAGAGAAAAGAAUUCGAGCUGCUGUACGACGACGACGACAACGUACGCGAUGUCAUAGAGGCGAAAUUUGCGUCGAGCCAGUCCAUUAAGUUACAUGCCAAGACUGCGAAAGCGGAAUGGACCACCGAGAGCUUGGUGCUACCGGAAGAUGUGCAUUACGACGUCACAGAAUUGAACAAGUUCUACAUGUACAAGAAAGCUUUAAGAAUUGAGAAUGGUGGAGACAAAGGGGACGGAGAUACGGUGGCCGUUGCGGACGUGUCUGACGGCGAGAACUACGAUUAUAACAAUCCACACGAUACGCUCGAGUACUGUCCCAACGUUGAGCACGAUGACGACUACGAAGAUUACGAAAAUAGGGAUGAUGGUCACGACGAUUGUAACUUCGAUGAUGGCGCAGUUACACAGUUGGGUAGCCAGGGUUUUACCGGCGACAAUCUGGUCGCCGCGCCGAAGCUAGUUAACAAAAUACCCAUCGCGUAUUGCUUAAAGGCGAAGAGGAUCGACAUGCGACAAUUGAAGAACGCUAUGUGGACCUCCAUGAAGUCUACGAACGAUAACGUGGCCGCGGCGAAUACUGAAGAGACGGCGAACAAGACUGACACGAUGAAGGAUGGUAAACAAUUCGGUGAUAUUUACAAGGCGCUACCGAAAUUACUGACUAAAAGUAACGCCGAAGCACUGAGCGUGCCGAUCGCUUUCAUAUCCAUGCUACAUCUGGCAAACGAGAAGGAAUUGAAUGUUCGUUCGGUACCGGACUUGUCUGACAUUAUCAUCGAGCCUGGGAAAUCGACAUCAGCGUGAGAGAACUUUGCCUCUAUGUAAAAAUUCAAGAAGAUUUAUAACAUUCAAAGUGUAAUAUUUUUUUUAAUUGUAGAAUUGAUGGAAAGUUGUAGAUUAUAGACGUUUUAUAAAUACAAUGUAAUGCAAAUUGAUAUUUUUUUAAAGGAAAAUUAAAGAUAGGCGAAUCACACAAUGUCGUGAUAAAAAUUGCAAAGAGCUCGGCCAAGUCCAGUAUUUCCGGAAAAGAGUUAGAUUCGUUUUGGAUUUAAAGCCAGCGGCACACAGUCUUGCUCAUCUAUCACAUGGAAUUCUGAUUGGCUCUCACUAGCCAGCAAAGGUGCACGCAAGCAAACCAGCAAGCGAAAAAGCAUCGUGUGCCGCUGGCUUAAAUUAAAGUUUGAUGCGUAGAUUACGAAUAUGCAAGUGCCAAGUUGCAACAAAGCUACCAAUCGUGACUACUUGCCACCGCAGAUACUAUUUAGGUUCGGUUUCACCAACGUCGCUUAACUUUAAGCUUAGCUUAAUUCGUUCUUUGUCUUUUUCCGACUGUUA